AUGUCUUCUACUACUUCCACCUCGUCUGUGAGCGCAACCAGCACUGCCUGCGGCGCCAGCGUCUGGCAAAUCCCCACGACAGAUGCAGCCUGCGCGGCUGUUGUUAGUGGGAAUAUGACCGAUGUGAUGGAUGAGUGCUGCAAGGACGCGAAGAUCACCAAGUACGACAACGAUUGCGGCAUCUACUGUCUCGCCCAGGGCCAAGAUGUCGACAAGCUCCAGUCCUGCCUCACCAGCAAGAGCGGCGACUAUCGCAAUGUCUUCUGCAACGCCGCUCUCAAUGCGACCGCCACAGCCACAACCACAGGCUCCAAGUCCACUUCCUCAGGCAGUACUAGCACCGACUCUUCUGCUACCUCGACUUCCACAAACGCUGCUAUUGCGACCCAGCCAAUCUCCAAGUCGGGUGUCGGACUGAUGGCGCUCCUUUUCGGCUCUGCUUUGAUGGCUGUCAUUUCAUAA